AUGGCUUCCCCGAGUGACAUCGACGACAGUCUCCUCAAGGCUCUUGCUCAAUAUGUCACCACUGGUACGGAUACGGGCAGCACCACCAAGCAGGAUAUUCAGGAACUUGCUACCGAGACCAUGUCCAGGCCCGGCGGUCGAGCCCACCUAGAAGCCCUGGUUGCUUCCGACCGCCCCGACCACCAGCUCUGGAAGAUACAGGCUGUUGCUGAUGGUACCAUCGCCAUCACCAAGACUCAUGUCUCCAUUAGGCUCGCAGUUGAUACUCUUGAGUUGACGUUUGAGGCCAGCGGUGAGGGCUUCUUUGUACCGUGGAGUGGCUCUCUCAACGUUGGUACCCUCCUCUACAACGACUUGGAACAGCUCCUCCCUGGCGAUGCUACCUUGAAACUCCAUGUAUCUGUACCUGAUUUUCAUGUCAGCAUCUUCCGCAAUGAGGUUUGCAUUGGCAAAUUCUACUUCAGUAAUAUCGGCUUUAUCUUACCCCCUAGCGAAGUGAGCCUGGACGGCAUGAUCUUUUAA